CGCACUAUGGAAAUAUGGCGGUGGGAGCAAUGUAGUUGGUUAUGCUGGUCAAAAAUUAGAAGCGUAUAUGAGUGUGCGACGGAAUUCCGCGUUCUCGAGCGCCCGACCAGGCGUUUGGCGGACUUCAAGUUUUGCUCGAGAUGCUCUUUUGCUUUGGUUUGAUAGUCUUACUCCUGUAUGAGACAGCGCUCGCAAACGGUAAGCAUCCACUUUUUCGUCAGGGCGGAAAUGCGUCUUCGCCUUGCAACGCGACCCUGCGGGCAGGGCCUGCACACCUGGAGUGGAGAGCAUCCGAGAGUGACACUGGCGUGUGCGCCUUCUUGAUCGCUGCACCUUCGGUGCGCCUCGCAGUUCGCGUGGCAUUGUCGAAGCUGCAGGGUCCCUCUGAGCUACGUCUGGUGGACGGACCGACCACCACGGCCUUGUGUGCUACAGACUCUGUCAGUACAGGUGUCCAGCUACCACAAGUGCUGGUGUUUCACGGGCCCCGCUUACGCAUUGAGUUCCUACCGGGGGGUCCGGACGCUGCCUUCGCCGCAGAUUUCAGCUUUGUCCCUGCGGUAAUUGGUGGGUGUGAGUUCCAGUGCGGUGAAGGCGGCGCGUGUUUGCCCGAUCGCAACCAGGUGUGCGACGGCCAGCCAGACUGCCCGGAUGCCCAGGAUGAGCUACACUGUCCCCCGAUACGACGUCAUGUGGCUGGAAGCCAGAUCGUGAUUGGGGCGAUCGGUGCGGUGUUGAGCUUGGGGGUAGUGGCCUGCAUCGUGAGUCACUACAAGAUGGGGGCCCGGUCGUGGAGUGAGCGUCGCAGCCGUGCCGCGGACCCACAACGCUACCAGCAAGUUCUAUUGCCACCAGCGGCUCCUGCCGUCCAGUCUGCGCUGUACACAGCAGCCAGCGCGGCGGAGCGUCAGCGGGCAGCGCUGGCCGCAGCCCGAGAUGCCCAGGUGAGGGCGGCUUCUGUGCGGACGGAUCUGGCCCUAGAGCUUCCGCCAUCUGUGGCUGCGCUGCCCGAGGAGCACCCGCUGGCGGGCAGCCUUCACCUGCGUGAUGCGGACCAGGAGCAGGAGCUGUACGGAGCAUGUGUACGGGCGCCUCCCAACCGCACGGUACUUGACAGCAACCCCCCGUGCCGUUCGAGCUCGGUGUCGCUUCUACAUCGGCCACCAAUACUGCCGCAAGCGACGCCGCUAGUCAUCCGCUCCAAUUCUGUCAGCGUUGGGGGCCACUGUAACAGGGCUGCAUCAUGGCACAGCACGGACUGCGAGAGACCUGCCCUUUGACCCCCCGCUGGCCACUUAUCGGUCUUUCAGUGGGAAGCGUUCCCCCCUGUGAUACGCGCAGUGCCUCCGGACACCGAGCGUGUGUUUGUUUUGGACCACCCAGGCAGGCCAUGGUAGCAAGCUUUACUACACACUGCAAGUUCAUUGAGCUGAAGCCGCCCGUGGGAGUAGUCCACGUACCUUUGAGAACAAAUUCAAAGUUGGUUGGUGCAACUGGGACAUUGAGUGUGCUGGUAAGGGACAAUGUCUCGAUUGCACCGAUCCUCCAUCCCACGUCGAUGGUACAAACGUCUUCAUGACACUCAAGCAUUCCUAGUCACAUUGUUUGAGAAAGAUCAACAAAUUGUAAGGAAAUGGCAAAGGGCAAGACCAUGUCUAUGAUGUGCCAGCAUUGUUGCACAUACAUUGGUGCUUUUGCGUCUUAAGAAACUUGAUUGGACUGAAAAAAUCCAUCAUGUUAUUUUGGAAACAGUAUCAGAGUGCACCUGUGUGAAUGAAGGACUUGUGUCUUACGUUUGCUUCAGUAAGUCUCAUUUGCGUUUCGACUCGUUUUCAGCGGUUAAUUACAAGGGUUGCCUGGGGCGAAAUUGUACUGUACAGACAUUAGAGGUAUGUUGUUGGAACAAACUCAACACAGUUCAUGAAGGUUUUAGGUGUGCCCUGUGCCGAUGGAUACAAAAUUUCAGGGAAAGUCCACAUGAACCUGACAGUGAAGUGCAUGCAUGCACCAGUGGUGUGAGCAAAGAGAGGAAAAAGUAUCUAAAGUCAAGUGCUGAGUUAAUUCACCAGAAAUAGCUGCUAAGUUGCAGAAUGCACCAAGCAGCCUCGAGGCAGUGUUCAUAAUUUGAUCAGGACAUUGAAGCAAAAUCCCAAGUUGGAAUUCAUGUGCAGAUACAUAUUCUCUGGAGGGCUUUAGUUGAUUUUCAAGCAGUUUAAUGUGUUAGUAAUUGCUUUUCUUUUUGAAAAGAUUACUACUGCAGUUGCUCAACACAGUAUUUAUUUAUAUAUUGCAUCUGUUUUCGGCAUCAACACUUUCAUUGCAAGGCAAAAGAUUGUGACGCAAAUCUAGGACAUAGUUACCAAUGGUGUAUUUCUGCAUGUUGAUUUUUUGACACUCCAGGUAGCUUAACUAUUCAAAUUUGAUUGCGCCAAACGUAUGAUGGGUAGUUUAAAAGGGUAUGUUUACAUGUCUUGCUCGCAGCAAACAACCAAAUGUAUACAUAAUAUAUUUCCUACUACAAUUAUUGCUCAUGCCAUCAUCAUCAUCGUCAUCAGUGACAUUGCUCCUUGUUAAGGAGGAGAUCUAAUAGCUGUUAAUAAAAUGCAGAACGAGCAAAUAUGA